AUGCCUAUCACAGGGGUCUUCUUUAUCCCCUCAAAUCCCAAUGCCUCAACAGUGCUCUCUACAGUAUCGGAGCGUCUGCACUCCGUUCUCGCCGAGGAACCAACCCACGUGGGCCGCUGGGCUCUAGAGCACAAGCUGAUGCGUGACACACCGUCAUGCUUGCCUCCCUCAACAACCCAGCGACCCUUGGUGCCGAAAUACAUGCAGUUCCUCUCACUCACAUCCUACCCCAAUCAUGGUUUCAUCUAUACUUCCCAGCCACUCGAGACACAGACUCAUCUCCACCACCCAGCCAUGCCCGUCGCUGCAGCACCACCUAAUUCGGCUGCUGCAGCUGCCGCCGCUGCUGCGGGCGGUACACAACCAGGAACAGCCUCGUCAAUGGUCAUGACAACCGUCCCGCUCCCCUCCUGCAGCGCACUCUACCAACACUUCGUCUACGCGUGCCAACCCUUCUGGUGCCCCCGACACACGGUCGCCGUAGGAGGCGGCAUGGUCUACGACGUAGGCGACUUCCGAGUACGGCUCGGAGACGUGCGACAGACUCAGCCAGCCGCACGGGUCCGGGGCACAGUCGUGGAAAUCGAGUGGCGCGGCCCGUCACUAGUCAAUACUAUUUCCUCGCUCUAUCAAUCUCACUCGAGGAAAGGGAGGAAGAAUGCAGAGGGAAGCGCGACGGAUCGCACCGCCCAACUCCUACCACACCAUGACAUUAAAGAUGGCGAUAAUGACGACAAUGACUCCGGGAUCGACCUGGCGUUUCCCGAAGGUAUCGACGACGCUGAUAUCGAUGGCGAGUAUGCGGCGAGUGCGGUGCUGAUUCGCGAGUUCUGGGCCCGUCUGGGCAUUGAGGGCGCGAGGGAGGCUAUCCUCGUUCCGGGUCUAGGGAAGGAGGUUAAAGAGCAGUUGCACAGGUUGAAGCAGCAGGAGAAACAGCCGGUUGAGCGGGGUUGGAAUGAUGGAGGGAGUGGGCAGGUGGAUGAAGACCCGGAUCCGACUGCUGGGGUAGAUGUUGCCAGGCAGUUUAUGGAGAUUUUUAGGUUUAAUCGUUAA